AUGCGAGACCAGGGCUGCGCCACUCGGAGCGAGUCGGACGCCUUCGGGCCGAUCGAGGUGGCCGACUCGGCGCUGUGGGGCGCGCAGACGCAGCGCAGCAUCCAGAACUUUCCGAUCGGCGGCGCGGCCGCGCGGAUGCCGCUGCCGGUGGUGCGGGCGUUUGGCGUGGUGAAGAAGUGCGCCGCGCAGUACAACGUCGACGCGGGCCGCCUCGAGCCGCGGCUGGGCCAGGCCAUCGUGCAGGCGGCCGACGAGCUCAUCGCGGGAGCGCUCGACGAGCACUUUCCGCUCGUCACCAACAUGAACGUGAACGAGGUGCUGUCCAACCGCGCCAUCCAGCUGCUCGGCGGCGUGGUCGGCUCCAAGUCGCCCGUCCACCCGAACGACCACUCCUCCAACGACUCCUUCCCGGCCGCCAUGUCGAUCGCCGCGGCGACGGAGCUCGAGCGCUCGCUCCUGCCGUCCCUCGAGGCGCUGCGUGCUGCGCUCACCGCCAAGGCGGCCGAGUUCGCGUCGAUCGUCAAGAUCGGGCGCACGCACACGCAGGACGCGACGCCGCUCACGCUCGGCCAGGAGUUCGGCGGCUACGCGCAGCAGAUCGCCUACGGCGCCAGCCGCGUGCGGGCGGCGCUGCCGCGGCUGCAGGAGCUGGCGCUCGGAGGGACGGCGGUGGGGACGGGGCUCAACACGGUGGAGGGGUACGGCGAGGAGAUCGCCGCGCGGAUCGCGAGCGAGACCGGCCUCCCGUUCGCGCCGAACAAGUUUGAGGCGCUCGCUGCGCACGACGCGAUGGUGGAGGCGUCGGGCGCGCUCAACGUGCUCGCGUGCUCGCUCAACAAGAUCGCGAACGACGAGAGCUCUCUCUGCCUGCAAACGAGCCGGGCUCGCUCGUCCAUCAUGCCGGGCAAGGUGAACCCGACGCAGUGCGAGGCGCUCACGAUGGUGAUGGGCAACCACGUCGCCAUCACCGUGGGAGGCGCACAGGGCCACUUCGAGCUCAACGUCUUCAAGCCGCUCAUGAUCUCCAACCUGCUCUCCUCGACGCGCUUGCUCGCCGACUCGUGCCGCUGCUUCACCAAGUCGUGCGUCGCCGGCAUCGAGCCGAACCGCGCCCGGAUCCGGCAGCUGAUGGAGUCGUCUCUCAUGCUCGUCACGGCGCUCAACCCGCACAUCGGGUACGACAAGGCCUCGCAGGUCGCAAAGAAGGCGCACGCGGAGGGCACCACCCUCAUCGAGGCGGGAGGGCCCGCGGGGCUCGGCUUCUUCACGCCGGAGCAGUUUGCGCAGUGGGUCGUCCCAGAGCAGAUGGUUGGGCCGGCGCCGAAAAAGUAAGGAGCCUCGCCGCGGGGCCGCCUCGCCGCCGCGCGCUGGGGGAGGCGGCGAGGGGGCGCCAGUUACGAUGGGGCGUGGCGCGCUCGCGCCUGGCCAGCGCGGUAGGGUCGAGCUAGCAUUGUAGGAGAUAGCUCAGUGUCAGUCGCUGACUACACCACAGGGGUCAGAGGCAUCCGGUUCGUUGUGGCAUCCUCUCUCGCGGAGCAUUUUU